UCUCUCUACCUCUAGGGCUUUAACUUUCUCGCUCUACCCCCAAAACACGGUUGUUCUGAGUUAACCUAGAGAGAGAGGGAGAGAGGUUGAAGAUGGUUCAGAGGCUCACAUACCGUACGCGCCACAGCUACGCAACCAAGUCGAACCAACAUCGGAUCGUCAAAACCCCUGGUGGAAAGCUCGUGUAUCAGACCAGUAAGAAGAGAGCAAGUGGACCAAAAUGUCCUGUUACCGGAAAGAGAAUCCAAGGGAUUCCUCACUUGAGACCCGCUGAAUAUAAGAGGUCUAGACUGUCAAGGAACAGGAGGACCGUGAAUCGUGCCUAUGGGGGUGUGCUGUCCGGUGGAGCUGUCAGAGAGAGGAUCAUCCGAGCCUUUUUGGUGGAGGAGCAGAAGAUCGUGAAGAAGGUUUUGAAGAUUCAGAAGGCAAAAGAAAAGCAGGCGUCCAAAAGCAAAUAGAAAGUGAACUAUUUCCGUGAUAUGCAAGCGAUAAAUUUUGACUAGUAUUAUGAGAUGAGGAAAAAUUGUUGGAACCAUAUAAUUUGUUGUCAUCUUUCCCUUAAAUUUGAAUGAGUUUCUUAGCUAACGAUAUCAUCUCAAAUAUUUCUUAUUACGUUGUCAGCUC